CUUUUUGGAGCCACUGCCAACGAGGUCCACCCAAGGGAUUGUUUUAUCGUGAAUAGCAAGGCAGAAAGAUAGAGAGCAAAAGCGCAUCAGCAGGUCAACAUGUGGAUUCUUGACUGGUUCUGGGACGUGCUGGCUCAACUGGGUCUUGCGCACAAGAACGCAAAGAUUCUCUUCCUGGGCCUUGAUAACGCAGGAAAGACUACGUUGCUCCAUAUGCUCAAGAAUGACCGCCUCGCCACGCUACAGCCGACGCUGCACCCUACCUCGGAAGAACUGGCCAUCGGCUCUGUCAAGUUUACCACCUACGACCUUGGCGGCCACCAGCAGGCGCGCCGCCUGUGGAAGGACUACUUCCCAGAGGUCGACGGAAUCGUCUUCAUGGUCGACUCUCAAGACCACGAGCGCUUUGGCGAGUCGCGGGCCGAGCUCGAUGCAUUGCUGAGCAUCGAGGAGCUGAGCAAGGUCCCCUUCCUCAUUCUUGGAAACAAGAUUGAUGCACCCAGGGCCGUGUCGGAGGAGGACCUGAGGGCAGCCAUUGGCCUGUACCAGACUACAGGAAAGGGCAAGGUGCCACUCAAGGACAUUCGGCCGAUUGAGAUGUUCAUGUGCUCCGUCGUCAUGCGUCAAGGGUACGGCGAGGGCUUCCGCUGGCUUUCGCAGUACAUCUAAGAGGUCCAUCGUAGUCAAUUCACACCGAACACGCGCUCUCCCUCAUUCUCCUUAUUCUAUCUCUUGAUCCCUUCCUUUCCUGCUCAUCAAGCGGCCAUAUCGUCGUGUGAAACCUCAUUGCGGUGCGAGGUCAAGGGGCAAAUGCGAUAGAUGUGACA